GGUGGGGAAAAAAAUAAUGCUGUCACGUCUGUUCGCCCGCGGCUCGCUGCUUCUCGGGUUGAGUGUCUGAACGGAGCUCCGCGAGAGAACACACGGAGAAGACACACAUACACACACAGCCAUGGCAGAAAACGCCGGCUUGGAAAAUCAUCGCAUUAAGAGCUUCAAAAAUAAGGGCCGAGAUGUCGAGACUAUGCGAAGACAUCGUAAUGAAGUAACAGUCGAACUGAGAAAGAACAAGAGAGAUGAGCACCUACUGAAGAAACGCAACGUUCCACAGGAUGAAAGUCUCGAGGACUCCGACGUAGACGCCGACUUCAAAGGGCAAAAUGUAACACUAGACGCCAUCUUACAGAAUGCCACCAGUGACAACGCAGUAGUACAGCUCAGUGCUGUACAAGCAGCCAGAAAACUACUCUCCAGUGACAGAAACCCUCCCAUCGAUGACUUGAUAAAAUCUGGGAUCCUACCCAUCCUCGUCAAAUGCCUGGAGAGGGACGACAAUCCCUCGUUGCAGUUUGAGGCUGCCUGGGCUUUGACUAACAUCGCGUCGGGGACCUCGGCACAGACGCAGGCUGUGGUCAAAUCCAAUGCUGUUCCCUUGUUUUUGAGACUGCUCCAUUCCCCUCAUCAGAAUGUGUGUGAGCAGGCCGUGUGGGCGCUGGGCAACAUCAUUGGUGAUGGGCCACAGUGUCGAGACUAUGUCAUUUCACUGGGCGUGGUCAAACCUCUCCUGUCGUUCAUCAAUCCCUCUAUCCCCAUCACUUUCUUGAGGAACGUCACUUGGGUCAUCGUCAACCUGUGCCGAAACAAAGACCCGCCCCCACCCAUGGAAACAGUACAGGAGAUCCUUCCUGCCCUAUGUGUACUCAUAUACCACACAGACAUCAAUAUUCUUGUAGAUACAGUGUGGGCUUUAUCGUACCUAACAGACGGAGGGAAUGAACAGAUACAAAUGGUCAUAGACUCAGGUGUCGUCCCCUUCCUUGUCCCCCUGCUCAGCCACCAAGAGGUCAAAGUUCAGACAGCAGCACUGAGGGCAGUGGGUAACAUUGUGACAGGGACGGACGAGCAGACUCAGGUGGUGCUCAACUGUGACGUUCUCUCCCACUUCCCCAAUCUGCUCACACACCCCAAAGAGAAAAUCAACAAGGAGGCUGUGUGGUUCCUGUCCAACAUCACUGCAGGGAACCAGCAGCAGGUGCAGGCUGUGAUAGAUGCAGGGCUCAUCCCCAUGAUCAUACACCAGCUGGCCAAGGGUGAUUUUGGCACGCAGAAAGAGGCUGCAUGGGCCAUCAGCAACUUAACAAUAAGUGGAAGGAAAGAUCAGGUGGAGUACUUGGUGCAGCAAAAUGUGAUCCCACCUUUCUGUAAUCUGCUCUCGGUGAAGGACUCGCAGGUGGUACAGGUGGUCCUAGACGGCCUGAAGAACAUCCUGAUCAUGGCCGGCGAGGAGGCUAGCACCAUUGCUGAGAUCAUUGAGGAGUGCGGAGGAUUGGAAAAGAUCGAAAACCUGCAACAGCAUGAAAACGAGGACAUCUACAAACUAGCGUUUGAAAUCAUCGAUCAGUACUUUUCAGGGGAUGACAUCGAUGAGGAUCCAAGUCUGAUCCCUGAAGCCACACAAGGAGGCACGUUCAACUUCGACCCAGCAUCCAACCUCCAAACCAAGGAGUUUAAGUUCUAACAGAGCCAAGUUAGAACUUGAAUCGGGCGGGAUCUCCUGCUGCUGUCCUUCCCCGCCACCCCUGACCACGAUCCAACCAUCACCUAUCAACCUGCAACUCACUAACCUGUCAAAACCAAUCAAGAUGCAUAAAAACUACAGGUGUAACUUGCACUGAAGGAUACGAAUAUCUCUCUCGAGCGUCACCCGAAGUCGGAGCGAAUUCUACACAUUUCAUAAUAAGAUGGAGGAGACAACCUCUAUAGUCAUACUGCAAUUGCCAAAAGAAAAAAAAAGAAAAGAAAUUUCUGCUGUUUUGCUCACUCGCACAAACACACAGACUUGAGUCAUAUAUGUGCAUCAACAUUUCUAGAAAUUUCUAACGUUCUUCUACCAGCCAUCAUAUCAUAUAUAUAACCUAUUUGGAAGAUGGGAGAGGGGAAAAAGAUGAACCAGGGUUUUUUUGUUUUAUUAUUUCUCUCCUUCCAGCAAAUUUCUCACCAGGACGUCACAGCCAAAUGUCGAUGCUGAUUCUCGAGCGCUAUGACAGACACCCUACGUUAAGACAUCCAGCCUCUGCUCUGCUAAACCAUGUGGAACAUGCCUCCCCUGCUCUGAGGUGUCUAUGGACUAGACCGUGGUGCAGUUCAUCUUUUUUUUUCCCUUCUUCUUAAACUGUGUGCAAAUAGCAUGUAUGCUAGCACUGAUUCUUCUUUUUUUUUUUUUUAUGAAGUCAUCAUGGAACUGUGACGUGUAUAUGGAAAGUGGGAAAAUAACACAAUCACACAAAACAACAAAUGUACAUACUCUAGAUUAACCCACUUAAACAUCAACAACACAAGUAUGGGGGGGGUUUUGGCUCUUUUUUUUUUUUUUUUUUUUUUUUUUUUUUUUUUUUUUUUUUUUUUUAAAUCAUGGCAUAGUAACCAUUGCCAUUUGAGAAGAGGAACAGGUGAAGUCAUCAUUAAACAUAGCAAGACAUAAAUUCAACAAGACAUUUUGAGGGAAGCCACUUGUCCCCAUUCAAAGUGGUUGUGGACUUUCUGGAUUGUUCAGUAUCAUGCACUUGAUGAUUUGGGAAUAAUUCUUCGUUUUCAUUUUACACUUUCAUAACCACAGAAGUUUGUACAAGGACAAACGCCAAAAAAGGUUGUCAUGUCCAUGUGCAAUUUAAUCAUUUCUCCCUUCCACUACACAUGGAGAGAAUAUAUUUUCUCUCUUGUUUGAAAUUUAAAACAAAAAAAGUAGGCUUAAAUCAUCAGCAGAGACGAACUUUGCAGAAGUGAUUGAACUGUGAUUUUUUUGUUUGUUUGUUUUCUGUGGUGGAGCUUCCACAUUUGCAGCUUUGAUUCAGUCUUAUAUGCACACUUGUCGUCCCUAUAUGAAUAUUAUUAUUAUUGUUAUUAUUAAUUUUGGCUAAACGUUCUUGGAAAGCGACAUUCGCUUUAUGUAUACACAAGCAAUGGAAAAUGGAGCGCCAUGGCAGUGCUGUUUCUGUUAGAUUUAUUUGCUACAAAACAUAACUGUACAAACUUAAAAAAAAAAAAAAAAAAGGGUAUCUUGUGUAAAGUAUAAAUCGAAAAAGCUGCCACACAUUUGACGGGACACUUGAGAACAAUAACAUUGUGUUACUGAUUCACAGUUAAUUGGGGAUUUUUUUUGUCUUUUUGUUUUAAGAUUCACAUUCUUUGUGAGGGCAAAUAAUUGUUGGAAUAGGCUUUUUAACUGUCGAGAAUGGACAGGACUGUUUUUUUUUGUUUGUUUUUGUUUUUGGUCCCUUGGCAUUUAAUUGUAAAGGGAUGUAUGGAAAAACAAACAUUUACAUUUGGACUAAUGUAGUUGUGGUUUGGCUGCAGACUACUGACGAAGAGGAUUUGAGGACAAAUGGCAGCCCUGGUGUGUUUGUUUUUUUUUUGUUUUGUUUUGUUUCUGGAAUUAUCCAUUUAUUAUUGAUGAACAAAGGCCUGCAUAGGUGUGAAAUUCAUGAACUUAUGUAGACACUUAUUUAAAAAGAAAAACAACAACAAAAAAACGAGCCACUUUAAAGAAUUAAAAAAUUUUUGUCUUGUAUCACAAACGGAUGCAAGCUUAUUGCUAGUUGCAAGAUUUUUACUUGCUGAAGAAAAGACGGAAGAAAAAAAAAACUGCGGCAGAUCGCAUUUUGGCCUCCGAUUGUUUGUAUCUUUUUAUAAAUUUUAGCAUUGAAACACUCUUUAAGGUGGCUCAUCUGUAUUUUUUUCAACUCCUGUGCAUAUUAAAGAUGAACGAGUUGAAAUUCA